AUGGCUGUAGCCUACUCUAACGUGAGGACGACCUCGUCCUCGUCCUCGCCCGGGCCACGUCUCGCACCCGGUGCACCAGGUGUUCAACCCAACAACGGCGGCGUCAUCUUCCAACUGCCGCCCAAAGCGCGACUCUACCUCCCGUCGUGGCUGCACUACCUCCUCUCGCGUAUCCUCGCCGCCGCCAGCCGUCUGUCCUUCUCCACCUCGGUCCGCGAGAACUUGGACAGAUUCCGCGCGUGGUCACCCAGCAAGGGCGAGCGCUUCAAGUAUGGCUUCUUGCUCUUCAUUGCGCUCUUUUCGCUGUUUGUGAUGGAGUCGCCUGCGUUCCCGUACAAGCUCAUCAUUCCGGCGCUGUAUACGACGACGCUGCUGUUCCCCGUGACCUCGCAGUUCUUCUUGCCCGCUGCGCCCAUCUUUGCGUGGUUGAUCUUGUUCUACUCGUGCAAGUUCAUUCCGGCUUCGUUGAGGCCGCAUAUCUGGGUAUCGGUUCUGCCCACGCUUGAGACGAUCUGGUACGGUGCCAACAUCUCGGACAUCUUGACCCAGUUCGGGCACCCGGUGCUUGACAUUUUGGCAUGGCUGCCGUAUGGCGUGAUUCACUUUGCCGCACCCUUCUUCGUCGCUUCGUUCCUGUUUGUCUUUGCGCCCCCGGGAGCGGUCAAAGUAUUUGCGCAGGCGUUUGGGUUUAUGAUGCUCAUUGGCGUCAUGAUCCAGAUUGUCUUCCCAUGUGCUCCCCCGUGGUACGAGCUGCGCGAGGGGCUGACGCCGGCCAACUAUGGUAUGAGGGGCUCGCCUGCCGGUCUCGCCCGGAUCGAUGCCUUGUUCCACGGUCACGGAUACACACUUACCUUCACGGGCGCGCCGAUGGUGUUUGGGGCUUUCCCGUCGCUGCACGCAGGCAACGCGACCCUCAAGGCCUUGUUCUGCAGUUACUUCUUCCCCGUCGUCCUCAAGAUCGGUCGCUUGAGGCUCGAUGCCAGGGUUCUCUACUGGGGGUAUACGGGUCUUUUGUACUUCUCCACUAUGUAUCUGAUGCACCACUACCUCAUCGACCUUGUCGCCGGUGCCUGCCUCGCGACUUUCUCUUUCUACUUCUUCCUCACCGAUGCGAUGCGCGAAGCCAUGGAACAACACUACCCGUAUCGCAACUCAGCACCCGCUCCUCCCAGCGCAGCGCCCCCUAGCAACCGACCCGAUCAAGCCUUCGCUUCCACCGGCACCGCCGCCCCAGACUCGAUUGCACUCGAUACAUUACGCACCAACGGCGGCGCGCCGUACAUCACUGCCCAGGGCGGCAUCAACGGCGAUGUCGAGAGUCAAAAGAGGCCCGAGGUCAUCUUUUCCAUCGACGACUCGGCGACCGACAGUGGAGACAUUGGAGGAUCGUCGGCAGAAGAGGAGAAGAGGAAGCGAGACGCUGACAAGUUGCUGGCUAGGGCGAAAUCACCGUUGCAGAGGGUCAGGUCGCCGGCGGUGCGAGAGCGCGACGAAAACGCUUAA